AAAAAUCUAGAGAAAAAAGUCCAUAUCCUUUUAAGGCUGUGGUUUCCUCCUCCCCUUCUGUCCUCUCCUCCCUCUUUCUCUCUCACUCGCUUUUUCUCUUGAAUGUGGUGAAGUCAUUUAAGACAAACGUGUUUGUUCUUUUUAAGCCGGCACUCCCUGAGAGCAGACUCUGUACUCUGUUGCAAAGGAGAAGAGAGGAACUAUUUUACACCAGCUCACAGAAACACAGGCCCAAAGCCACUUGCACGCAUCAGAACAACUAAAGCUGCUCCCAACUAAACACUGAACAGUCAUGGCAAACAAAGGUCCCUCCUACGGUCUGAGCCGUGAGGUGCAGAGUAAGAUCGAUAAGAAGUAUGACCAGGAUCUGGAGGAGAGGCUGACCGAGUGGAUCAUCGCCCAGUGUGGAGCCGGAGUGGGCCAACCUGAGGCAGGAAAGACCGGUUGGCAGAACUGGCUCAAGGACGGAUGUGUACUGUGUGAGCUGAUCAACAGCCUGUCCAGUGGGAACAAGCCCAUCAGGAAGAUCCAGAGCUCAGGCAUGGCCUUCAAACAGAUGGAGCAGAUCUCCCAGUUCCUCAAUGCGGCUGAGAAGUACGGCAUCACCAAGACUGACAUGUUCCAGACAGUCGACCUCUGGGAGGGGAAAGACCUGGCUGCUGUCCAGAGGACCCUAAUGGCCCUGGGAAACCUGGCUGUCACCAGGGACGAUGGGACUUACCGUGGCGACCCCAACUGGUUCCAUAAGAAAUCAAUGGAGAACAGACGUGAUUUCUCAGAGGACCAGCUGAAUGAAGGCAAGAGCGUCAUCGGCCUGCAGAUGGGCACCAAUAAGGGGGCAUCUCAGGCUGGCAUGACAGGGUAUGGGCGACCCAGGCAGAUCCUAAACAACAACCCCUAAAACCAUGACAAUGCCCUGUCAUCCCACACCUCAGUACAUUCCUCCCUCUCUGGGCCAGUCACUGAAGACAGAAGCUCUCUAACUCAAACAGGAGAGACUAAACCAAAAAAAUGUAAGGCCAAACUGGACUAAAACGGGGACUAUAAAACAUACUCCUACACACAAACCUAGUGACAAGUCUGUAAAAUCAUGUUUUAUUGAAUAUGUCGACUAGACAUGGCUACAUAAAGAACCAGACAUUUCAUUUAGAUACUGCUUUUAAAACUGCACUCUGAUGGUAAUAAGUCUAAAUGUUUGGUUUGUACUGGGAAAGAUGCAGUAAGAUGCUGUCAAUAAUAAAGAUGUUAGGCCACCUUUCAAGAGCUCUUUAAUUCUUGUAUGUUGAUUCUGAAAUAAAGUUCAGUUUAAUUUGAAAAAA